CCAAAGAUGUUGACCAGAAGGAUUAAGCUGUGGGACACUAAGGCCCACAUCACCGGCCGCCUGUGUAGUGGGCACCUCAUUGAUGCAACCAGGGUGACCAAGUGUCUGCACACAUUCUGUAGGGGUUGCUUGGUAAAGUAUUUGAAAGAGAACAACACCUGCCCUGCAUGUAGGACUGUGAUGCGUCACACCCACUCACUGCAGUACAUCGGUCAUGACAGCACCAUACAUGACACUGUUUACAAAUUGGUAUCAGGUCUCCAAGAAGCAGAAAUGAACAGAGAAUUCUGUCACAAAUUGGGCAUGGAAGUGCCUGGAGACAUCAAGGGGGAGACUUGUUCCACAAAACAACACUUAGAUUUCCAUCAGAAUGGUGAAAUGAAAGCAGAAGACAGUUCAAACAAAGAGACCAAAAAAGAGAAGAAGGAAAAGGACAAUGAUUUUCACAGAAGUGAUGAGCAGGAAAGCAACAGCAGCAAGUUGUGGGGACUGAAAAGGAAAUGCAUCUGCUGCAUAGCCCAAGCAAUGGUCUGACAUCUAAAGAAGUUCAGUGCCAAAAAUCUUAACCUUUUGUCCUUCAAUGAGGUAAUAGUCAAUCCAUAA